UCACGGUGGGAGUUGUAGUCCUUGUAGGACCUGGACGGCUGGGCCUCUUACAGGGGCUUUCAACGAGUCCUAGAGUUGGGAAGGGGCCCCCAAAAGCCAUCCAGACUGAAAGAGGUGGGGAGAUAGGCAUCUCUGAGUUGCUGUGAGUUUUCAGGGCUGUUUGGCCCUGAUCCAGAAGCAUUCUCUCCUGACGUUUCGCCCACAUCUAUGGCAGGCAUCCUCAGAGGUUGUGAGGUCUGUUGGGAACUAGGGCUGCUGGAGAGGCCGGUGCUCCCCCCUCAGGCAGCUGUGGACGUGGUGGGCUACAAGGUCUUUGUCUCGGGGCGCAGCGGCGUGGGCAAGACAGCGCUGGUGGCCCAAGUGUCCGGGGCGGAGGUGCCCUCUGCGCAUCAGGAGACCCCAGGGAUCCAGACGACCACGGUCUUCUGGCCGGCGAAGCUACGAGAGAGCGGCCGGGCCCUCUUUUUCCGCUUCUCCUUCUGGGAUUGCGGGGAAGCCGCCCUCAAGAGGUUUGACCACAUCCUGCCGUCCUGCUUGGAGAAGGCCGACGCCGUGCUGCUCCUCUUCUCCUUCGCGGACCGCGCUUCCUUCGAGGACCUCCCCAGACAAGCUAACCGGGUGGCCGCAGCGGCCGCGGCAUCACAAAGCUCCGGAAGGGCCCCGCUCCAGAUGGUGGUCGGCACCAAGAGCCCCGGACGUCUCUGUGUUCACAUGUACCCUUCCUUGACCUUUCCUUCCUCCCGGUUUGACCAGUUUGCCCACUCGGACAUGACGGAAGGGGACCUGUCGGCCUUGGGCCACUCCGUCCUGCGGGUCAAGAGCCUGGCCGGGCGCCGGGCCGGACUCUCGGAAGUGGCGCCCCUCCUCAACGGCCUGGCGGAGCAUCUCUGGCGCCAGGACCAGGCCGACGCCGGACUCCUUCCUCUGGACACAGAGUGACCCUUGCUCUGCCCAGUGGGCUGGGAUCACGAAUGGUUGACCGCUGGUUCGAGUCCUGUGUCCAGAGUUGGGAUGUGACUUUGACUGCGAGAGCAUCCAUACAGUCCUCAUAUCUGUUGGAGGUUGUAGAUAUAAAUAAAUAGAAGCUUUACCCUGCAGUAUAAGAAAGUGUCACUCAGGCUUGUGUAACAAGUAACAGUAUCUUUACUUCAGUUCAAAAGAUCAAACAGGGUAACAAUAUAUACAGCAGUGUCAUGAUCUCCGAUCUCUGACAUCUCCAGACACAGACCAAGCGCUGACAAAGAACAGAUGCCAGCCAUAAAAAUGGGCCAGCCACAAAACCUCAAUUACCCUCUGGUAUGUGAGAGCCCCUAUAUAAAUGGGCUACAGAGAAGGUUCUGGUAUUCUGUACAAUAAUGAUGUCAUGAUCUCCGAUCUUUGACAUCUCCGGACACAGACCAAGCGCUGACAAAGAACAGAUGCCAGCCAUAAAAACGGGCCAGCCACAAAACCUCAAUUGCCCUCUGGUAUGUGAGAGCCCCUAUAUAAAUGGGCUACAGAGAAGGUUCUGGUAUUCUGUACAAUAAUGAUGUCAUGAUCUCCGAUCUUUGACAUCUCCGGACAUAGACCAAGCGCUGACAAAGAACAGAUGCCAGCCAUAAAAACGGGCCAGCCACAAAACCUCAAUUGCCCUCUGGUAUGUGAGAGCCCCUAUAUAAAUGGGCUACAGAGAAGGUUCUGGUAUUCCGUAAAAUAAAACCUGUUGGAAUCUA